CUCCUCCUCUGGUCCCAACACCUCUUCUCUCCUUAGCUAAGGUUUUCUACACUCCAGACUCCAGCUCCCUCAUUCUGAGACUGGCAAUGGGGAUCCCUGAGCAGCUGCUGAUGGCAUCCUUAGCCAUGCUCUCUUUUUCAGCUUGGAAUCCAGCCCAGGGCUCUCCUGCCAUCUUUGGGCCUGUCUUUGAGGACCAACCUGUCAGCUCUUUGUUCCCUGAGGAAUCAUCAGAAGAGAAGAUAGCCCUGGCCUGCCGUGCCCGGGCGAGCCCUCCAGCCACAUACAGAUGGAAGAUGAAUGGUACUGAGAUGAAGCUGGAGCAGGAUCCCCAUUACCAGCUUGUUGGAGGCAACCUGGUCAUCAUGAACCCCACCAAAGCCAGGGAUGCUGGUGUGUACCAGUGCCUGGCCUCCAACCCAGUGGGCACCGUAGUCAGCAGAGAGGCUGUGCUCCGCUUUGGAUUUUUGCAGGAAUUCUCCAAGGAGGAAAGAGAUCCUGUGAAAACCCAUGAGGGCUGGGGGGUAAUGUUGCCCUGCAACCCACCUGCCCACUACCCAGGUCUGUCCUACAGAUGGCUUCUCAAUGAGUUCCCCAAUUUCAUCCCAACUGAUGGGCGGCACUUUGUGUCCCAGACAACGGGAAACCUGUACAUCGCCCGGACAAAUGCCUCUGACCUGGGCAACUACUCCUGCCUGGCCACCAGCCACAUGGACUUCAUAACCAAGAGUGUCUUUAGCAAGUUUGCCCAACUCAACCUGGCUGCAGAAGACUCCCGUCCAUCUUCACCCAGCAUCAAGGCCAGAUUCCCCUUGGAGACCUAUGCACUGGUUGGACAGCAGGUCACCCUGGAGUGCUUUGCUUUUGGGAACCCCGUCCCUCGGAUCAAGUGGAGAAAACUGGAUGACUCAUUGCCCCCACAAUGGGAGACUGCAGAGCCCACGCUGCAGAUCCCCAGCAUCAGCUUCGAGGAUGAGGGCACCUAUGAGUGUGAAGCAGAGAACUCCAAAGGACGGGACACUGCCAAAGGCCGAAUCAUCGUGCAGGCUCAGCCCGAGUGGCUCAAGGUCAUCUCCGACACUGAGGCUGACAUUGGCUCCAAUCUGCGCUGGGGCUGUGCAGCUGCUGGCAAGCCAAGGCCCACAAUUCGGUGGCUCCGGAAUGGGGAUCCCUUGUCGCCCCAGAACCGUGUGGAGAUUUCCGGUGGGGAUCUGAAAUUCUCCAAGCUGGUCCUGGAGGACUCUGGCAUGUACCAGUGUGUGGCAGAAAACAAGCAUGGCACCAUCUAUGCCAGUGCUGAACUGGCAGUACAAGCUUUUGCUCCUGAUUUCCGGCUGAAUCCAGUAAGGCGUCUGAUCCCAGCUGCUCGAGGGGGAGAAGUUAUCAUUCCUUGCCAGCCCAGAUCAGCUCCAAAGUCCAUAGUGCUCUGGAGCAAAGGGACUGAAAUCUUAGUGAACAGUAGCAGAGUGACCAUUACCCCAGAUGGUACUUUGAUCCUUCGGAACAUCAGUCGGUCAGAUGAAGGGAAAUAUACCUGCUUUGCAGAGAAUUUCAUGGGCAAAGCCAACAGCACUGGCAUCCUCUCUGUCCGAGAUGCCACCAAGAUCACCCUGGCACCAUCGAGUGCUGACAUCAAUCUGGGCGAGAACCUGACUCUGCAAUGCCAUGCCUCCCAUGACCCUACCAUGGACCUCACCUUCACCUGGGCCCUAGAUGGUUUCCCCAUUGACUUGGAUAAAUCUGGUGGCCACUACCGGAGAGCCAGCUUGAAGGAAACCAUCGGGGACCUGACGAUCCUAAAUGCCCAGCUGCGCCAUGGCGGGAAGUAUACAUGUAUGGCCCAGACCGUGGUAGACAGCACAUCAGAGUCAGCAACCCUCCUGGUCCGAGGUCCUCCAGGUCCUCCUGGUGGAGUGGUGGUGAGGGACAUCAGCAACACCACUGUCCAACUCACUUGGAGCCGAGGCUUUGACAAUCAUAGCCCGAUCGCCAAGUACAUCCUCCAAGCCCGAUCCCUGCCUGAUGGAAAGUGGAAGCAGGUCCGGACCAAUCCUGCCAAUAUUGAGGGGAAUGCAGAGACUGCCCAGGUGCUGGGCCUCACCCCCUGGAUGGACUAUGAGUUCCGAGUCCUUGCCAGCAACAUCCUAGGCACAGGGGAGCCCAGUGGACCCUCUAGUAAAAUUCGGACCAAGGAAUCAGCUCCCACGGUAGCACCCUCAGGACUCAGUGGAGGAGGCGGUGCCCCUGGUGAACUCAUUAUCAACUGGACGCCCAUGUUACGAGAAUACCAAAAUGGAGAAGGCUUUGGCUACCUGCUGUCCUUCCGGAGACAGGGCAGCUCAGACUGGCAGAGGGCCAAGGUCUCCCACGCCGAUGCCCUGCACUUUGUCUACCGUAAUGAAAGUGUCCGACCCUACACACCCUUCGAAGUCAAGAUCCGGGGAUACAACCGCCAGGGAGAGGGGCCUGAGAGCCUCACCACCACCGUGUACUCUGCUGAGGAAGAACCCAGGGUGGCCCCAGCCAAAGUCAAGGCCAAGGGAGCUUUGUCCUCAGAGAUGGAUGUGACGUGGGAACCAGUACAUCAGGAUGACAUGAACGGGGUCCUCCUAGGGUAUGAGAUCCGCUACUGGAAGGACGGAGAUAAAGAGGCAGCGGCUGACAGAGUGAGGACAGCAGGGCUCGACACAAGCGCCCGGGUCACUGGCCUGCAACCCAAUACCAAGUACCAUGUGACAGUUCGGGCCUAUAACAGGGCAGGCACUGGGCCUGCCAGCCCCUCCACCAAUGCCACUACCAUGAAGCCCCCUCCCAGGCGACCCCCGGGUAACAUCUCCUGGACGCUCUCCAGUUCCAGCCUCAACAUUAAGUGGGACCCGGUCAUCCCUCAGCGAAAUGAGUCUGCGGUCACCGGCUACAAGAUGCUGUACCGGAAUGACUUACACUCGGCCCCCAUACUCCAUUUGGCCAACAAGAACUGGAUUGAGAUCUCCGUCCCCGAGGACUCCAGCCACGCUCUAGUGCAGAUUCGAGCCACGGGACCGGGAGGUGAUGGAAUCCCAGCUGAGGUUCACAUCGUGAGGAAUGGAGGCACAAGUAUGAUGGUGGAGAACUCAGCAAUCUGUUUGGCCCCACAUCUGGGCACCGUCCUCUCCCAUUCCCUGGCGAUGUUGGCCCUCCUUGGCUACUUGGAGCUCUGAUCUUGGCCUCCUGGUCCCCGCCCCUGCCCCAGACCUGGACAACAGGACAGAUACCUCGGGAUAAACAAAGCCAGCUGGCCCCUGGCACACUCUCCCGAUGCUAAGGACCUCAACACACUAUAUGCCCAAGAGGAUUGGUUUUAAACAGCAACUUUAAAUAAUACUCUUUUUCGUAGGAGAUAGGACAUUACGUAUAUGCCAGGGACUGGAACCCAAGGAAGGAUUUUUCCCCUUUAUAACCAGGAGGAAACAGGCACAAAAAUCCAUGAAAAAAUAUUGAACCCAGUGUCCUCUUGACCCAUGAUCACUGGGGUUUCUAGAUGGAAAGAACUAAGUGGACAUAAGGAUGGGGAUUUUAAUACAUGUUCUUUGGACCAAUAGAUGGCACCCUUUAGGGACCUUGAGUAUAUCUGGAUCCUGCUUCCUUGGAGCAGAGGGGUUCAGGCAUGCCCAGACCCCUUGAGACAGGCCAAGAUGGAUCUAGGGCUAGAGAAGUGGACCUGGAAGGCCUGAUGCAAACAUUCCUCAGCCAAAGGCGGGUGACAGCAAUGGGGUCAAGGACUGCUCAUCCCCAACAUGAUGGGGGGAAGGGCUCGAUAUCACCUUUGGUAUUUCCUCAUCCUUCUAGGCAGCUAAAAGAAACAGAUACAAAUCCCCCAAUUCUCAGAACUGCAGGAUCCAAAAGGGGUUCCUAGUAAUGAGGAGGUGAGGGAAGCAGGAAGAUGACUUUAGAAAAUGACCAAAGGUUGCAGCUGCUGGGAGAAUGAUCUCAGCCAAAAGGCAACCUCAGAUUAAAAUGAAGCUGCCCCUGGGGUCAAGAUACCCCGGCUAAUACAUUGGCAAGUCCAUACAACAAAGCAAACAGGCUGGGCUUGAGGGGAUUGCAUGACGAAGGGCUCCAUCUUGGGGAGGUGCCCACCCCAUGUCCUGUUCUAGGAGUGGCCACCGGAGCCUGACAACUUUGCCUCAGCUUCCUCCCCUUCUCUUCCUCCCGGUAGAUCCUAAGGACCUUCCUUCCAAAUCUGUCAUUUCCUGCCCUAUGGGAAGGAGCCUUUCCUCUCCCCUUUUCUCUGCUGGUCUCUACCUCUAGCCAAGAGGUUUUUGGAAGGAUUAACUCCCAGGAUUCUAGAGUCAGGAGCCAGACUGGUGAGUGCAGAGGAUGAACGCCAGAAUUCACUUUGCCAGGCAUGUCAGGGGUAUUUUUAGUGGCCUCACUCCAUCCCUCCAUCUACCUUGCCAACCUUUGUGUUGCCCUGGAGUGAGUGAGGCCACAGUCAAAAGAGAGGGCUUAUCCUGUGCUCCAGGGAGUGUUAGGAAUAGGGAAGAAAGGGGUAGUAAUAGGCUGCAUCCUAAUGAGUGGAAGGAGAAAAGUAGGUUUAACUCCUCUGGGCUUCAGUUUCCCCAUCAAUUAUAAGAGGAGUUUGAACUAGAUGACCAUUCAAGUCUCCAGCUUGAACUGUUUUCAAAAAUCUGGUCAAUGGGCAAAGGGCAGUUGAGAGGAGUGGUUAGUAACUUUUCUGAAGCUCCCCGCUAGUGCCCAGCAAUUGGGUCCCCAGUCACUCAGGGGGCUGCUUCAGCCUCUCUGCCCCUGCCUGUAUGAGCAGAAAUGCCCCAAGACAUCCUGGUCUACAAUCCUUCAAUGUCCUCUGUCCUGCUUUGAAGCCAGCCAUCCUUACUUCCCUUUCCUCAACCUCUCCUCUGAGGUCAGCUGAGAAAGGGGCACAAUACCAAGACACUGAUUUCCCCCAGCCCAGCCAUACCCCCAAGCCUCUCCCUGAGCAUCCCAAUGCACAGGGUCUUCCAUUUUGGAGGGCACAUGCCCCACUGAGGCUCACUCACUGUGGCCCGUUUUCUCCAAGGGUUUGUUUCUAUUCUGUAGUUAUUACAGUGAGAUUUCUAUUUUAGUAUCAUUUUUAUAUAUUUUUAGGUCCUGCUCUAUUUUCAGGGCAGGUCUGAAUUCCUUCUGCUAAUGACAGCUUUCUUUUGGUGAACUUGCCCCGCCCUCCUUCCUGCUCCUUGAGAGGCAGAAGGAAUUAGUAGAGAAUCUGGUGUCCUCCCCCUCCCCACCGCCUCCUCAGCCCACCUACCGAAGUGGUAGGAUGGUGGGUUUCAGAUCGGCUGAAAGGGAGGUGGAGGAAGCCUCUAUGUGGUUUAUCAACUGAGAGCAGAGGUAGCCAGCCCCUCUGAACUGGUUGCUUCCCCCCUCCCAAUCAUCUGGGUGACUCUUGGCCAGUGGCUAAACUCCUCUCUGCUUUCAUCUCUCCCUCGGAAAAAAAGGAGCUGGAGGCAAGAUGUUUGCUUGGGGACUGGAGAGAACUUGAGGUGGGGGCUGCCUCAUAUUUGCAGACCAGGGUUCAUUUCGCCUUCUCUUUUCUCACUGGCAUAGGAAGCCAGAGAGAAACAGGUUUAGCCCUCAGGCAAUAGGCAAAGAUGGGCAGGACCCAAGAAUCAGCUGGGCUCUCAGACUGAAGGCUGCAGUCCCUGGGCCUGCCCCAGGCAAGCAGCUCUGAAACCUCCUUCCUUAAGGAGGCCUUCAAGAAGAGGGAAGUAGUUGUGGGGGGUAGAACUGUUAGCAUGUGUGUGUGUGUGUGUGUGUGUGUGUGUGUGUCUGUGUCUGUGUCUGUGUGUGUGUGUCUGUGUCUGUGUGUAUGCUGACUAUUUGGGGGCUGUAUCCCAGGAAAACCCCACCAUGUCUAUACCAGCCAGGUGAGUCCCUGAGAUCAGACUUUUGCCUUCGCAUACCAUAUCUCUGAAGGCCUGGGGAGCAAUCAGGAAGUUUUAGGAAGGGAUUUAAACCAAGCAAAGGAGGCCUAGGAAAUAGGUUGGGACAUGGAGACUGCCAUGGACAGAUGCAGGGUGGACCACUGCCUCAGGUUCAAUGUUGGAACAGGUGGCCAAGGCAGGCUAUAGAUUCUUCAUUCACCGGGGGCCUUACAAAAGGGAUGGCUUGUAUUGGAUCUUACCAAGAGUCAGAGGAGUCCCUUCCUGCCCAAGGGGCCUCUCAUUAUUUGCCUCCAGGGAAGUCAUCAGUAAUUUCUACCCAAGCAGUCUGGGAAGGACAGACCUAGGGAGGAACGGUGCCUAUUUGCUCCCCCUGGCUCAGAUUUCCACAAACCCCAGCCCCAGCCCUGUUCCAUGUCAGAAGUUUCCCUUCCCCCUCCCCCAGCAUUUGCAGCCCUGGAAGAGGAGAUUAAAAAAAAUAACAGGUGCUUCCCCCCCCCCUUUUUUUACCACCCAGCUUGCAGUUUGCUUAUCCAAGUGCCUUGUGGGCUGGGGAAUGGGGGUUUAUCUCUCUCUGAUCCCCCUACCACUUGCAAAGACUUCUCCAAGGAGAGGGCUUGGGGAAGGGAGGGUGCCAUAGGAACCGAUUUCAGCUGGGUACGUGGCAGAAAAGGCAGGUACCCUUCUGCCUCUGCUGGCUUCCUUGUUGCUUUAACAUUCCAGAUGUUACCCGCCCUCUCCUUGGGAGUGGAGGGCAGCUCUCUCCAGGUGUGCAUUUAAAAAACUUAGGGGAAGGGAGAGGGACUUGAACUUCUCCACCUAUCUGAUGACCUUCAGAACCAGGGCUUCAGGGAUGCAGAGAGCACCUGUACAUUGGGCUGCUUCUUGAUUUCUGAAAGGUUGGAGUGGUGAUAACAGUCCCUGCAGUCUGCCUUCUUCAGUUCUACAAACUCAGGAGUGAGCUUCUAUGCGGAUCAAUUCUUCCAGCUGGCUAGCUGGGCUCUCUAGCAAAGAAACAGCAGGAGGGACCCAGGGUGGACAGCAGGAAAAUUGCCAGACCCUGGAAUAAUGUCUGAGGAAAGAUAUGGAAUCCUCCUACUCCAAAGACCAUUAAGGAAGAAGACGCUAUUAUGGUCAAGCCCUGCUUGGGAGCAGGCAGAUAAUGUUCUCUCAAUGUCUCCAGAUGGAGGAUCCAGGGAUUCUCACAGCCAGACCCCCUGGUUUGACACUGAACUUGAGCAGGUUAAGGCAGUCUUCUGAUUCCUGUCAUCUCUUCCCUAACUCCAAGGACUCUCCCCACCCCCCACCUCCCACUCUCUCUAUUGUUUCUUCUCUUUUCUUUCGCUCCCUGCCUCUUCUUUGCCUUCCCCUCCUCCCUCUUCCUACCUUCUCAUUUCCCCUUCCCUCCUUCUUACUAUCUGCCCAAUCCCUCUCCCUCCUCUUCCUACCUUCUCUCAUUUCCCUGUCCCAUCUUGUCACCAUCUCCCCAUUCCCCCUCCUCCUGCUUUCCAGCCUCUCAUUUUCCCUUCCCCCUUUCUACCAAUCUCCCAAUCCCUCCCCCAUUUCCACCCUCUCUUCCCGAUUCUUAGUGGUCUCCUCCCUCCCCCCACAUACAUACUUUAGUUCUCAGGCCCAGGAUGCCCACAGUCGUUCAUCAUUGGGCAACAUCACUUCAUAUUGAUGUCAACAUUCUCUAACUUGGGCCAGCUCCUACCCACAAGUCAACCCUUCCCUGAUCAUGGAGGAGGUUCUUUGUUGAGUUCCAUUCCCUAAAGGAACACAGGUAUUGCAACAGUGCAUUGGAUCUAUGGGUCCAUUUAACCCAGUAUUUUGUUAGCAACAGAGGCCCCCAAAGGAGAACAGGGUUGUCUUCUCUGCCAUGGCCUUAAAAGGAAGGUCAACCCAAAAGAGCUCACAUCUCCUCACUUUGGAAAUAGGGUACCUGUUAGCUGGGAGGGAGUCUCAAGCACUUGUACAUAUGGCAUUAUUAGAACGAGGGCUGUGCAUUGUGUCUUUCCCUGUAUCUGGGCUGGAUACAUACCUUUCCGUUUCAGGGCUGUGUGGAAAGAGCCACAGGGGAAAUGAAUGGGUCUAAGAAUCUCUUACUGAGUCCUAGAUAGCCUGAGGGGGAAAUGAGGCAUUCACAACCCGAGUCUGGGUGGCCCCUGGUCUCAGCCCCCAGGUUACCUGUACUCCCUACCUGGACAGAGCCCACUUUCCAGCAGGGAGCACCCUAUACGGAGUUCUAAGCAGGACGGGGCAGUGACUUCUUCUGGACUAUUUAAUUGUAUGGUAUUUUUUCUGUUUAAGUGGGGGACCCUCCCACUGCACCACUGUGUGUCUCUCCUAUUGACUGUAAUGAAAGUUAUUUAUUGAUUCUGUUAGCAGACAGUUCUUAAAAUAAAGAUCGAUCCUCAACCUGUUUGGCAGCUACU